CAUGACGAUUGACGAGCAUGUGUCGUUGAAAGAGGCUACUCAACUGUCGGGCGGCAUUGAAAGAAAAUCCGAGCAGUAUCGGUGUAUCAGAUUGAGACAGCUUGCACCGUCCUGACAGGCGCCCCCAUAAGCCCCUGGCUUGAAAUCCACGGCGCCAUGCCGAAGCGUGGCGGGGGCGGAGUUGAUGGCUCCGAGGAAGUGACUCUCACUGGCCCUCCCAGCAGUACCGUCACUAAAGAUCGUCAUAUCCACCCCAACAUUAAAGGCAGUACUGGAGGCUUUUUGGGCCUCAUCACUGGCAUUGCCGUCGUCCUACUUUUAAGUCUAUUCGCCGGGUUUUGGAUCUACAAUCGUCGUCGAAGGCGAAGACAACACCUUGUUGGCAAAUCUCGCGCUUCAGUCUUUGGUCUACCCUUACCUGGCACAUUGUCCUCGAUAGAGGGCCAUGAUGACACGUGGGAUCCAUACGCUGAUCCUCUUCCUUCUCCACAUGAGGGAGGGAAUAGACCUCGAUAUGCUCGACAGAGGAGUGAAGAGUGGGAAAUUCCUCCAGAGACCCUCUAUGCUCCCACUCCCAGUAGGAUAAGAGGAGGUUCACGACGAGAAGGCGAUCCACUUGGUGAAUGGGAAGAGAUGCCGAAUUUACCUGGAGAGACCACGGCUCCCUUACGAUCUCGCUCCCCUCGGCUGUCACCACUUCCAUUCGGAUCAGAGACACCGCCUCGCCAACCCGAGUCGAAAGGGAAAGGCACGCAGAGAGCAGAGGUACAGGUCAAUCCUUUCAAUUCUGAACUUGAUCCAGAGAGGUUAUCCCCUACGAGCAGCCAUAGUGGAAUGGCAUGAGUUGCUGGCUGGGCAUCGGACAUUCAAAACGGACAUACACGUUGUAUCAGCAGACAACCUUACCGCGACCAAUCUCUAGAGGAUAUGCAUGUUAUGACAAG